AUGAGCAUAGUUCAGGAGACUGAAUAUCAAGAUAUACAGACAAACAACAGCCCAAAAAACCUGCUUACACCAAGUGAAAGUGUGGAAGAGAAAUCAGACGUUGAUAAUGAAUACUAUAACAAUAUUUUAAAUUAUGACAAGUGUGAAGAAAGUGAUGAUGGAAGUAGAGUUGAUAAUAGUGAUUUUGAUGUUGAGGAAAACACAGAGACAAACGCAGACAUUUCUCUGUUUAAUCACAUCUUGAACAAUAUAUCUGCUUUUGCCAAUAACAACGAAUCUUCAAUCAAUGAAGAGAAUGAAUUCCAGAGUGAAGUGUUUAACUCUACAGCCUGGAACAGAUUUAUACCAAAUAUUCAUUCAUUUAAAGAUAUCCAGAUGAUGAUUUUGCUUGCACUUGUUAAUGAUAAUAACGACAUGAUUUCUUAUAGAAUUUUAGAUGUUACUUUCUCUGACAGCACAAAGGUCACCGCAUUCCUUAACUUGCCUUCUGAGCACAUCAAACUCCUUGCUGCUGAUCCUAUAAAGUCAAAGUCAAUCUUUUUUUAUCUGAUCGCACGCCAAAACAAUCUGUUUGUCUUCAACAAGGAGAAAAAUAGAGAACAAAUCCAUACUUACUGUUGUGGUAGUUGA